GAGAAGUUGAUUAAAAAAUCUUUCAAAAAAAUAGAGAACCAAACUAAAAUUGAAAAUAAAAAUGUCCGAGAUGCUUGAUCUCAACACAUCUACUGAAACUGUUCUCUCAGAGGAGCCCAAAAGAAACCCGGGUCUUCUUCAAAUUGUGUCUCUUCUUUGCGCAUGCGCUGUCAUCUCUCAGAUUUCUGUGAUCUUGAUCGCAAAAGGGCUGCCCGGAAACUACUCUGGGAAGACGUUUCUCUGGGUCCAGUCAAUUGGUCAGAUUUUGCAGCAGUUGGCAGUGAUGAAACUUGCAGUCUGUGGAGUGUUUGACUUUGAUGGAGUGUUUUGCAUCGACCGAACAACCCAGCUAUCUUGUAAGUUUUCACAGUACGCCACCUACUUAGUUUUCGUCCUUCCUGAUUUCCUGGCUGUACCAGUGUCCCUGGAUAGACUGAACGCUGUCUUGUUCCCUGCUUGGUACUCACAAAAAUGCACGAAAACAAGCGCUUGGAAAAUUAUUGUCCCGAUAGUUUUUGCCACAGCUUGCCUGGCGUCACCUAAGUUUCUGUUUGCGGAGAAAAUAGGGGAGAACUGUUUUAAUACAAACCGGAAGUACGACCAAACUUCUGCUCUUGUGGGGAUCCCAGCCGUUCUUAUCGUAGCAGUGUCAACAUUGGCACUUCUGGGGAUAAUGCUUGCUCGAGUGAAAAAGUCACAACAGUCUUCUGAGAUGCGAAAUCAGAAACCGAUCACCAUCGCGCUGGCUGGAAGUUCAACGGUUUUUGCUGCCUUCGGUUCAAUUCAAUACACAAUAUUGUUUCUGGCAUAUCUUUGGCGUGACUUCAACAACCCAAAAAAUACGCUCAUUUUGAUGGGCAUGGCCCAGAUUGUUGGGUCAAUUGGGAUCAUGCUUCGCAGCCCGAUUCUGCUGUUCAUGAAGCCGAUGCGUGCUGCUUUGAAACGAGCGAUAACAACAUGCAAUAAAUGA